AAAAUUUGCACCUCAUACUCCCGUUGUUAUUCGUAUAUUUGGCUUAGGCUCGUAGUCGUUCCCACUUGCACCAUUCAACAACAAACUGCUACGAUCGGUAGUGAGAAUUCUGGACUUUAUCUAUGUCAUCAUCAUGACCACUCAAUACCCAUGAGGAUAGACAAGAUGGCAGCAGGAAUGCAAAAUUAAUAAACUUUAACACCAAAUACCCAGAAAAUUGAUAGAUGAUAAAGUAGAAUUUGCAGCAUAUGAAAUCAUGGACCUUAAUGAAGAGGAGCCCAACUGCAACAUUUGCUUUGAGGCUUACGAUGACGACGAGCACAGCCCUCGCACACUUAGGUGUGGCCACUCACUCUGCACCCCCUGCAUAGACACGCUUGUCAAGAGGAGUCUGCCAGACCGAGUUUGCCCUGAGUGUCGCAAGCCCAUCAAGAUUUCAAAUGCGACUCAUCUCCCCGUCUCGUAUACUAUACUUCGCUUGUCUCGAGCUCUCGCGAAAUCAAAAGUAGGCACGGAAGUUCAAAUUCAGGUCUUGGAUAACAAUACGUGCAUGGCGCACGGCGCUCCUACUAUAUCCUGGUGUCCUCUAUCCGAUAAAUGGCACUGUUUCAAGUGCGUCCAUAAAGAUGAUUGCAGUAAUUUAUUAUCGAUACCUGAGGCUUUUCUUCACAUUAAGCAAAAUCAUUCCCAAGCAGUAGAGUCUAAGUUGUCAGAAUCAAAUGACCUUUGUGAAGCUUUAUUGAAAGAAAAGGAAUCAUUAAAAAAAGAGGUCUCAGCUGCUGAGAAGAGAAUAGCAGAAAUUGAUGAGAGAAUCGAAAGGAUCAAUACGUGGAUAGAGGAGUUAGAGUCCAGCGAAGCCACUUUAAUUGAAGCUGCCUCGAUGGUGCGGGUCACAAAGUCAGUUAUGCGCUUGAAAAGAGACAUUGCAAAUUUUGAUGCUUGGUUAGAACGUUCCAAGCCAUCUGUCAAGAAUAAACGUGGUGUGCCAUCUCUUCCCCAGCCUGGCAACAUCGAGGAACUUAGGAAGCAGUUAAACAUAUCUCAGGUAAUGUAUGCCGUUUAUGACGACGAAAUUUACGGAAGAAGGUGGGCCAAGUUGUGGUUAGAUGACAGCAUGCUGCUGAUGGGUACUCUUCAGGAUGAAUGUCCGUCAAGUGGAUCAUUGGUAGUUCCAUUUGAGAUGAUAAAUGGAGCAGUCAACAGGAAAAGGCCACAGGCGUUUUUUGACAUUGUAUGUAAUGAUGUCUACGAAGGACGAAUUGUUUUUAGUCUGCAUGGGAUGACCCCCAGAGCUCAGCAGUUCUUGCAGCUCUGCACAGGGGAACAUGGUCCAACUUACAAGCAUUCCAAACUGAUGGAAUUCGAGGAAGACUCCCACAGGUUCGUAAGAGGUGGUGUGGUGGGUGAUGGCAUAGAGUCAGAAGACCCGAUUGUAGAGGACGUAACGAACGGUGGAGUUUAUCAGAAGAAGCUGGAACCAGGUCUUUUGACUGGUUGGAAGAGUGAUUGUGAUCACUGGGCUCUGUUUGACAUUGUUCUUGAAUGCAAACCUGGUUAUGAAGACGAUUACAGUUUUGGGGAAGUGUUGUCUGGCUUGAAUUUACUUAAAGGAGUGUGUGAGUUUAGUCAGAACAAAAAGACAAUAGAAGUAACGAGUUGUGGAAUAGUGAUAGAUGCAGUGUAAAGGAAAAUAGUCCUGAUGCAUAGCAAUGUGCCUCAGGUAUGUAUAAGAGCCAGUACAAUAUUUUUAUUUUUACUACUUGGAAGGAACUUGCCUUUUAUCUCUCUGAUGUGAUGACUGUUUAUUAUGUAAUAAACUGUAGGGAAGACACUGCAGUACGUAUCUAUGUAAGCCCAGAAGCCAUGCCCCUUGCCAUUUACUAAGGUAGCUGAUUGGUGUAUAUGUGUCCUGCUCCUUUACUGAUGCUUAAUAUUAGAACUUUGGUCCUUAAAAAUCCAAGCGAUACUAAGGUAUUGCCUCUAGAGUGGGUGCUUUGUUGAACGUGUCUGUUACGAAAGGUUGUUACUGAGGGAUGAUUCAUAUUCAAGUGAAAUCUGUUCAUUAUUUCUUUAUUUUGUAGCAAUUAUAACCUAAUUAGAAAGAGAACAGCACUGUGAUAUUCUCUCUUGGUUACUACACAAAAUAAAAACUCUUGGUCUCCAGGGAAGAUUUAGUUGAAAUUGGAAACUUAACAAAUAUGUAUAGGAGAUAAAUUGAAAAUCAAUAAAAAAAAAAAUUGAAAAUACUUUUCAUAAAGAAUUAAAAUUAUUUAAUUUGAGUAUUUUCAAACUUUUAUGCCAAUCCUUUUUCCUUCUCCCCUCCACAACAGUGUUGUAUUACCAGAUCAUAUAUCUUUCUGGUUCUACCAGCAUUGGUUAUCAAUCAAAAGACUGAAGUUUUUAUAGGUGUCAUGUCUAAGAGUAAUUUUAAUAUUUAAUGGUAAAAACUAAUCACAAAUUGUAGUUGGUUUCAAGAAUUCAGUUGUAUAAGUAAUAAUAAAAUGAAACUUAAUUACUAUCUCCGUUAAUUUUACAUUAUUUAAUUCUGUUAGGAAUGAGGAAUAUAUAUGCAAGGUGUUUCAGUAAUUUGUUGUAUAGUAAGUUGGCUACUUUAUGUUGGUGUUACUAAUGGUACCAUGUACACCAUUUUUAUUUUCCACUGAGGAAUAGAGAAAGAAAUAACAAACAAACUGUUACACUAAAAAAAUAAUGUUUAAUAGGGGCUGGACAGUAAGAAUGAAGAAAAAGUAGGCUUGGAGGUAAAGUAAAAGUGGACAUAUUUAUGGUCUGAAGGAAUCCUGCAAACACCCUUUAGUAAUUUCUGCAGUGCAAUCUCACAGGUGCAACAUUGGCACUACUCUAUUGGGGAAUUGUGGUGGGUUUCUGCACACACAAACAUUAAAGGAAAUAAGGAUGCUUGUAAGGUAUCCAGAUUUAUGGCAGCAAUUGUGACAGGAUCAAAUAUACCUGUUUUUUUCUAGUGAUUUGUUAGUAUUGCUGGAACCAAUUAUUUUUAGUAACUGGCAAGAAUUGUCGAAUAAUGGAGCAACAUUAACAAAUUGGUGUGUUUUUUUUUUCACCCCAGAAAUCAUCAUAUUGAAGUAAUUUCCUAUUUUUGAAUUGGUCAUGCUCUUGUGAUAUUUGUGACCUACGGGUAUUUGAUGAAUAACCCACUGGACCCAGUCUCUGAAUGCAGUGCAUGUCUUUAAUGAUUAGCCAACUUCCAACCAAUGAAAUAUGUUGUAUUGUGUACUAGAAACAACUGUUUGAAAGAAAUUGGUUUCUGUUUAGUUUUUAUUGGUUACAAAACAAAAAAAAUAAUGAAUAUUCUUAGUUAAAAAAAAUGCAAUACUUGGCCUUCAGCUUUAAUUUCACAUUCUGUUCCAUUUCCAUUAGAAAAUUGUCCUAUGCAUUAACCUCUUGUGAUAAACAUUUUAACAUUUUCAGCAACCUCUCUAAAGUGAUAAUGCCUUAAAGUUGUUUAGAUUGUUAUGUUGCCAACUUUUAAUGGCAGUAAACAGGUCUGAUUAUAUACUGUGAAUGUAAUACCAGCAGUGCAUUAUGAACCAGUUAGCUACCCUAGUUAUGAGUCCUGGUUAUAGCUAGGCCAUAUUUGGGUGAGGUGACUUUAGAAACAUGCUUACGUAAUUGAGGUAUAUGGUAUGGUUUAAAAAAAAUUUUAAAUUUCUGAAUAGCAAAUGUGAGCAUGUUUCUACUUUAUUUUAAAAUUUAGGAGUCUGUCAUUCCAGUGUACUAACAAAAAAGGGCAGUCAAAACCUUCUUCACCAAGCUGCUAACAUAGUUACCCAAGUACAUUCCAUCACUGACAAUGUUUAGUUUCCCAGGCACUUUGUUUUCUUUACAAAUAUUUAAUGUUUUCUUUUACAAAUAUUUAAAAAUUCAUAUUUCUUCAAUAUAACAUUGGUAAUAACAUAUAUGAUGCAGUAAGACCUCCCCAGACCCAACUCCAGACUUUAAUCCUGCUAACGGGCAAGAGCAGUCAGAACCGUAAUCUUGAGAUAAGCAAGUUAAAAUCUUGAAUUUUGAGAUCCCAGGUUCUUUGUUGGAUGUUGUAGCUUGACAUAAUGGGAUGGAUUAAUUCAAGAAAUUUGGUCAUUGCAAUUAGGUUCCCCCUCUGCUGUACCCCAUUUUGGGGUUGUCCAGGUACAUGCUUGUCUUUUGUUGAACUUAUAGUAUCAGCUUAGAUUUGACCAUACAGUAAUAGUACAGUAUACUUGAAUUUUUGAUAUUAAUAAUUUAAUAUCUCAAGGAAUAGUGUAAUAUGCAUAAAAUGUACUGCAUUGUCAGGAA